AUGUUCAAAAGAUAUUUAUCCAGUACAUCUUCUAGAAGGUUUACUAGUAUUUUGGAAGAGAAGGCAUUUCAAGUCACUACUUAUUCCAGACCUGAAGACCUAUGUAUCAGUAGAGGCAAAAAUGCCAAGCUAUAUGACGACCUGAACGGUAAGGAAUACAUCGAUUUCACGGCAGGUAUUGCCGUUACCGCAUUGGGCCAUGCAAAUCCUAAAGUGGCUGAGAUCUUGCACCGCCAGGCAAACACUUUAGUCCAUUCUUCCAAUCUUUACUUCACCAAAGAGUGUUUGGAUUUGAGUGAGAAAAUUGUUGAAAAGACCAGGCAGUUUGGUGGUCAACAUGAUGCUUCAAAAGUAUUUUUGUGUAAUUCAGGUGCGGAGGCAAAUGAAGCAGCUUUGAAAUUUGCCAAGAAGCACGGUAUAAUGAAAAAUCCUCGCAAGCAGGGAAUAGUUGCGUUUGAAAAUUCCUUCCAUGGGCGUACUAUAGGCGCUUUAUCUGUCACUUGGAAUAGUAAAUAUAGGACACCUUUCGGUGAUCUAAUGCCUAAUGUGUCAUUCUUGAAUUUGCAUGAUGAAAUGACAAAAUUACAGAAUUAUAUCUCCGCCAGAAAGGAUGAGAUUGCAGGUUUAAUCGUUGAGCCAAUACAAGGAGAAGGGGGUGUUUUUCCCGUAGAAGUUGAAAAGCUAACCGCAUUGAAGGAAAUAUGCCAAAAAAAUGAUGUCAUAGUCAUUCAUGAUGAAAUUCAAUGUGGUUUGGGCCGUUCAGGUAAGCUAUGGGCCCACUCCUACUUGCCAAAGGAGGCACAUCCAGAUAUUUUUACAUCUGCGAAGGCACUGGGCAAUGGUUUCCCCAUUGCUGCCACCAUUGUCAAUGAUAAGGUCAACAACGCCCUAAGAGUCGGUGAUCACGGUACCACCUAUGGUGGAAAUCCAUUGGCCUGCUCUGUAAGUAACUACGUCUUGGACACUAUUGCAGAUGAGGCCUUUUUGAAACAAGUCCUUAAGAAAGGUGAAAUUUUACAGAAGCGCUUACGCGAAAUCCAGGCCAAAUACCCAAAACAAAUAAAGACUAUCAGAGGUAAAGGUUUGAUGCUUGGUGCUGAAUUUGUCGAGCCACCUACCGAAGUCAUCAAAAAGGCUAGAGAAUUGGGACUAUUGAUCAUUACUGCUGGUAAGAGUACGGUUAGGUUUGUUCCGGCCUUAACCAUCGAAGAUGAGCUUAUCGAAGAAGGGAUGAAUGCCUUUGAAAAUGCUGUAAAAGCAGUCUACGCCUAG